AUGUGGAAGAACUUGCCCAAUAUCUCGCCCUGCGUGAGAGAGAAAUGGGACACAGAUCCGACGGCAGACGACGAGGAUUCGAGUGAGGAGGAAUUGGCCAAGUGGAAGAACCUGAACUCGUUUAUCGCUCGAUUUAUGACAAACCAAACCGUUAUCUGGCUCCACCUUCCUGUCUGGCAGCUCAGGAAGGCGCUGGAGUGGCCACUCGAUGAUUCCAAGGACAUCACGGAAUGCCAGCUGUGGGUGGCGAGCGAAUGGCUGAUCCAUUGCGCAGGCCCUAUUUUCAAAGAGAUGAGCUCGAACCCGCCGGACCUCGACCCAUCCGACGCUGGAUCGUUCAGGACAGGCCCCCUCUGUGAUGCCGAGCCUCUGAGCGUCGAGAGGUGGCAAUUUUGGAGGAAGCGGCUCUCCGACGUGGCUACCGAUGUUAGCGCUGGUGUCGCUGGACACGCAAACGAGGCCUUGAGGAGCAUGGACGCUGCGGAGGCAGAUGUUUGA